AUGGCGCACCGACGAAUCUGGGUCAAACGGCCCGACGCCUCUGCCACCCUCGUUUCAAUGCCAGAAGAAAGUGUCGUCGACGAAUUACGGGAUCAUGUCCUGCGCAAGUAUGCAAAUUCUCUGGGGAGAACAUUUGACUCUCCCGAUUUGAUAGUGCGGAUAACUCCCCGUGUGAGCGCCAAUCGACCGCCUGGUUCCGACCGCAUUUUGAGUCCAGAAGAGUCUUUAUUUGCCUUGAUUGACCAAUAUUAUCCUGGGGGUCAAAAUGUUGAAGAGGCUCUUAUCAUCGAAGCACCGCAACGCCGAACUCCCAUCAAACCGUCGCCUCGCCAGUCGUACUAUUAUCAUGCCGAGCCUGGAGAACAGGGCGAAUACUUCCCUCUGAUGCCUGUUCCGGUCAGCGUCGGGACACCACCGGGACACCCAGCGAGCUCUAGUAAUAGUAGUGUGGGUGCGCACCAAACACCUUCCAUGUCUGUUGUCAAGACAGGCAAAGUUCCUCCUCUUCCGUCGCCUAGGACUCGUACUAGUCAACAUCCUCGAAGACCACCAUUCGGCAGACACACAACUGCUUCGCCAACCUUAGUUACAGGGCCCGUACCAAAAGAUGCGACCCUGGCCGUGAAUGGUCAAGGAGUAUCGUCACAGCCAUCACUACCGACUCCUCCAGCACCAGCCGCUCCUUCGGAAUCCCCAACGCAUAACGCACUCAAUCCCACUGCGAGGACUUCCUCGCCGCGCCCGAUUCGCAAAGCUAAAAAGGUUGCUUCUCCUAGUGGAGGGGCCUUUGGGGGUUUGAUUGAGGGUACCGUCCCGCCAAUCAAUGUGCUUAUCGUCGAAGACAAUGUCAUCAACCAGAAGCUGCUCGAGGCAUUUAUGAAGCGUCUUAGCGUCCGAUGGCAAUGCGCGGCGAAUGGUGAGGUGGCAGUGAAGAAGUGGCGCCAAGGCGGGUUUCAUUUAGUCCUGAUGGAUAUUCAGCUCCCAGUGAUGAACGGAUUAGAUGCAACGAAAGAAAUUCGACGGCUGGAACGGCUGAAUGGAAUCGGUGUGUUCUCCAAAACAGCAUCUGGGCUCUCUAGUGCCACCUCCCCUUCUCUACCGGCCGAGAGUGCGCUGGAAGAAAAAGAUACCUUACAGGACCGGUCAAUGUUCAAGAGCCCUGUUAUUAUAGUGGCGUUGACAGCCAGUAGUUUGCAAAGCGAUCGGCACGAGGCUUUGGCAGCUGGCUGCAACGACUUUUUGACCAAGCCCAUAGGAUUUCCUUGGUUAGAGCAGAAAGUCACCGAAUGGGGUUGUAUGCAAGCUCUGAUUGACUUUGAGGGAUGGCGGAAAUGGCGAGGAUACGAGGACUCACCGCGAAGCUACACUACAUCAUCCCUUUCGCCGUCUCAUUCACGGGACAAUACAAAAAUCCAAGCCAAAAAUACUGGUAAAGACAGCGCACAAAUAUCCAUUAUCGAGCCAGACUCUUCUGGGAGCAACAGUAGCAAGGAUGAAGAUGGCGAUGUCCCAAUUCAUCAGGAACCAGCAACUACGGAAUCGACGAAUAGUGUCUGA